AGUAUUUUAAGGCUGUGUUUCAAACAAUCAAUGGGUACGAAGAUGUUAUCAGUUUCCAUACUCUUGACCAUCAAACGUUUGUUGAAAUGGCAAAACAGAAAACAGCUGUAUGUCUGGAACAGACAAGCACCAUUCCGUCCUUGAAGAAACAGGGAGCCUUUGACAUCAAAUUUAGUCAUGACUCGAAAAUAACCAGUCCAAUGGAAGCAAUAAGCUUUCCAUACAGAGCCAUAAAUGAAGAGGAAUCUUGCAAAUUAAUGAACAUACUAGAAGUAAAGUCAAAUUCAAAAAUGCAAGACAUGGUCACUGUUAAAUGUAAACUGACUGGGUUCAGUGUGCGAGAGAGUGUGAAGCAAAAUUUGGACAAAGUAAGUGUCACAGCCAUAGAUGGAAGUGCCGACAUCACACUUGUUCUUUGGAACAAGCUCAUAGAUGAAGCAACAGAAAAUUGCUUUUACAGAGUUACAAAUGUUCGAGUGAAAUCUUUUAAUCAGGAAGUUUACUUGUCUACCACCUUAGACACAGAGUUAGAAGAAAUUGAUGAAUUUCAAACCGUUGAAGUUGAAUUACCUAAGGAUGUGUGGACAGACAUUGAUACUAUUGAAAUAAUAUCCACAUCUCACUGCUUCAGUUGCAAAUCUGCUAUUAUUGUUUCUGAACCACAAGGCAUGACCGUUAAAUGUAGCCACUGCAAAAAAAGAAUGUUGACAACCAAAAUACAGAAAGUGACCCAAAUAAAAGUUUCAGUUGAAAACAAGGAGUUCACUAUUGCCAAAAAUAUGCUUGAACAUGUUUUUCCAUUAUGGAAUGAAAAAACAUUUUCUGACCUGGAAGAUGACAUGUUACUUCACUGCGAAGUUAACAUAAAAGGAAACAACGUUGUUGGAUUGAGGAAAAAAAAGAUCUAAGUUGUUAAAAACUUCAACCACUUCCUUUGAUUAUUUCUGAUGCAGGGAUCAUUGUAGGUCAGUCUUAAGAUGGGAUGUUUUGCACAAUUAUUCAGUUUAGAAGCUGGUCAGAUUUUUGUGCAAAGGUCUUAUAAGCUAAAGUUGCCAAUUGACUUUAAUAAGUAUUUUGAAUAGAGAUACUGUCUUACAAACAGAUUUUUUUAGGUUGUUAUGCCUCUAAAUUUUAAGAGAAAAAAAUUUGCCAAUUUGUGAAAUUCAAUAAAAAUGAAAAUUUACAUACACAAUGGCAAAUUGAGAUUUUAAUCAAUGUUUUAGAAAAAAUAUGAAACAAUUAGCUAAAUUAAUAGAAUUUGUGGAUUGAUUCUAAAAACUUUGAAACACUGACUGUGAUUUAGUUCCUUAUUCAUAUGUAAGAAAAAAAAUGCUGUUAGUGUUAUAUGACAAUUUUGUGUAAUACAAUUCCACCUUUGGUGUUUUUCCUUAUACAGAAGGCACUUAACAGCUCCAAAUUUUAAUGGUUGUCUUAUGAUUUCAUGAAUUUUACACUCGGUUUGUAAAUCAAUGAAGAAUUAUCAAAUAUUUAGAUUUUUUCACUCUGUUAACCUUACAAACAUACAAAAGUAAGUUAUUGAACUUGUUCUUAUCUUGCAAACGCAAAAUGAAAGUAACAAAAUGACUGAUAUGAUACUGAUAUAUGUUACCAGUAAGUUUCUGAACAUUUUGGACACUGAAUUUUCAGUAUUUAAAAAUGACUGUCCAUAUGAUCCCUGUUGAUGAUAAGAUUGUCAGAAAAAACUUUCAUUUUGGUUGUAGUGUUGAAGUGUGAUUUUGUUGGUGUAACACUGUAGGGGAGUCUAAGCAAAAUGGCUCCUUUUUAACAUUGAUAUGUUGUUAUUUUGAAUAUAUGAUAAAAAGAACAUUAUUUAAAAGAACAUUAUUUACGUGUAGCUUCAAUACUAAAUUUAUUGAACUCAUUAUAAAACGGUAUUUUGCUCACCAUAACCUUACAUAUGAUUUUAUUCAACUCCUUAAAUAAAUUUAGUAUUAACCUACACUCGUCCAAUAUCCUCUAUUUCAAAUCUUUUCUUAGAAUGGCUCAGACAUGCCAUUAUACCAAAAAAAACACUUAUCAAAAUUUAUUGGAAUAACUUGAUCCCCUCCAUCUUGUUCCCUCUUAUUUUCCUUCUUCAAGUUUUCAACCAAUCAGUAGUAAGUUUAUAUUUCAAAUAUAUGUGAAGGGUCUCAUAGAAAUUGAGACUCAAACAGAAUUUGCAGACAUAUAACUAAAAAACUUGAAUGUUUUUUGAUGUCGUGCAUUCAAAAGUUACUGACACCAUAUAUUGUCACAAAAAAACUCAAUUGACUUUUGAUAUAAACUGCCCUUUACAUUUUUAACAUGAUCUGAAAUUUUAUUAACUUUACAAACAGAAUACAUUUGUACUUUAAAUAAUAUAUGUAAGAAGGAAGCCAAGUUGCUGAACUUGUGGAUUAUUACAUAUAAUAUUGUUUUUCGCUCACCUGUCAAAAAGAGACAUGGUGAGCUUUUGUGAUCGCUUUUUGGCCAACGUCCGUCCGGCCAUAAACUUACUUCAAACGACAUCUCCUCAUAAAUCACAAAGCCAAUUUCAUCCAAACUUCACAGGAAUGUUCCUUUGGUAGUCGACUUUAAAAAUUGUUCAAAGAAUUUAAUUCCAAGCAAAACUCUGUACCAUGGCAACCAAAAGCAAAAACUUAAAAUAUCUUCUUUUAGAAAACAGAAAGAGCUGGAGCUUGAAUAUUUUGCAUGAAAUAUCAUCAAGUCAGUGUGUACCGAGUUUGUUAAAAAAAUGCCCUGGGGUCAAAAUUGGCCCUGCCCCGGGGGUCAUUGAAAAAUUAAAAAAGAACCCAAAUAGCUAGAGCUUAGAUAUUAAGUAUGAAACAUCUUCUAAUGGGUGUCUACCAAGUUUGUUCAAAUAAAAGCCCCUGGUUUAAAAUUGCACUUGGCCCAGGGGCCUAUAUACUGGUAAGCGAUUUCAGGACCAUCAUGGCCCUCAUUUUGUUUCUUACCAAUUUUAGAAGUAUUUUUCAGUCACAAAAGCUAUUUCCCUUUCCACUGCUUCUUUUUAAAAACAUGUGAGAAUUACAAUACAAAUAGCAAUUGCAAUUAGCAGCACAGUUAAUGUAUGUGAGUGUUAUGUGUGUGCUUCAUUGUGUAGUACAUUGUAUUAUUACAUACUUUUGCUUUUAUCCUUUUUCACAAAUAAACACUUUCAAAUUAUUUAAGAUAUAAGUAAUCAUUGUAAAGAUUGUGUAUAUACUAGGGACAAUUUCAUAUUUUUAAACCUGAAAAAGAAUUCAGGGAUGUGUCAUUUUUGUGAAUGCCUGUUGUCAGAAGUUGCAUUUUGAUGUUUGCUUUGUGCAAUAGAUCAUGGUUCAUUAUUUGCCAUGAAUUCCUAUUCAAUCAAAAAAAAUGCAAGUUAAAUUUAUUUCUCUUUUGUUUUGUAAAAUUAAUAAAUAAUAUUUUUCUUUUGUUUUGUUUCCUUUUAAACUUUGUUAAUAUUGUUAUAUGGCAUAUUACAUUUUGAAUGUUCUUAUUUGCUUUUUUUCCCCAAAAAAUUACUUUAUAUCACAAGGAAAAUUCUUGGAUUCAUAUAAUCUAAAGAGUAUUUCAUAUUAGAAAGUAUUGGAUGAGCAACAGUUACUAAUGCAAAAUUUACUUUAUUUGCCAAUUGUAAUCAGUGAUGAAGAAAUUUAUGAUAACUGUAGUUGUAAUCAUUGAUUACUAGAUACCAAGUAUUUCUGUGGUUUAUAUAAAGAAUUUAUGUCAUAUUUAAAAAUUAAAGCGUGUUUUAUUGAAAAAUUGCUAUCUUUGUAGUUUUCUAUUAUCAUCAUUAUGUUAAACAGAAUUUAACUGUUGAGUGAUUUGAAAUAGUCUCAUUUUGUAGUUGUAGCAGUUAGAGAACAAAAUGUUAUGUGUAAUAUUUAAAGUUUAUAUAUUGUAGUUAGAGAACAAAAUGUUAUGUGUAACAUUUAAAUUUUAUAUAUUGUUGUUGUUGUUUUUGUUUUUUUACUCAAAUGUUUAUUUGAUAGUUUUGAUAUAAUAAUGCAGGUAGCAUUAAACCUUUACAUAUUUUUGUGUUUAAAGAUCCAUUAUCAUUCAUAAACUUCUCAAUAUUUUAUUUUUAGAAUUAACAGCUGAGAACAAAAUUAAUUGAAUUUAAUAUCAUGAAACAAUACAGUCUCUCAAAUUAUACUUCAUAUUCAAAUAAAUAUUAGUUUGAAAUCUAAGUUGAUAAAAUCUCCUUCCUUAUAGGUCUCUUAAUGGAAAAAAAUAUUUACAUAAAAACAUGCACAUUUUUUUCUAAAUUCAACUUGUAAUACAUAAUAAGACUUAAGUGCACAUUUUUAUCAUAUAAUUAUUUAUUUAUGUACUUGAAAUUUUAUUCUGUAAACUUUUGAUCUCAUUGGUAGUGGAUUUUUAGUGAUAUUUAUGAUUUUUAUACUAUAAUGCAGGCAGCAUUCAUCCUUUACAUAUUGUUAUGUUUUUUUUUAAAUUUUGUUUCGUUAAAUGUUCCAGAAUUUUGAGCUUUUUCUUUUAUGAUUUUAUCAAGAUGCUUACAAGGUAGAUAACAAAUUCAUGCUUUGAACACUGUGUUUCUGCCUUUGAUUUUUACACUGUAUUUAAAUAGUUGACUGAAUUAGACCACAUCACUCACUGCUGUUGUGAUGUCUUUAAAACGAAAAAAAAAACAAAAAAAAAACAGAAAUAAUUUGUCAUUAUCAGAGAUGGAAAGUAGUUCUAAGAACAUGACCAAUUUCUUCAUGUUUGAACUUUUAACUGGAGCUGUUGGAUGCAUUUAACCUAAUAAAUUAAACAUUUUGAUAAUAUACAUCACUUUUCAAAAUAUUAAACAGAAAUGAUUAACCUGUCAAUUAUUGAGCUUUCUAAAAUCACUUUCUAGUACUGCAAGUUAUCAAGUAAACAAUAUACUAAAUGUUGCUUUCCUUGUAUUGCAUAUGUUUCAGAACACUGUUUUCAAAAUCAUUCAAGAUUAGAGGAUAUAAGAAUUAAUAAACCAUUUAUCCACAAUUUCUGAAAUAUUUAUUUGUCAUACAAAAGAUCUUAUUACUUAGUUCUAUAUUAUAACAUACAAACUGGCAUUAAAAUUUAGAUAUUGUUACCUUUUGUAAGUCUUUUUAUAACUUUGAUGUAUUAAUGCAGGUAGCAUUAAACAUUUAGAUAUUUAGUUUUUUUAAAGUUGAUUGUUUUUAUUGUUUUAUUUUCUAUUUUGUUUUAUCUUAAUGAAAAAUGUUUUAAAACAAAUAAAAAAUUUAAAAUAGUAAAGUUGUUCUCUCUCCUUUACUCAUGGAAGACAAACAAAACCCCACACACCUCAAACUUUUAAUUUAAGAGUGGACAAAACCCCACACCUAAUUUUAUAGAGUGGACAAAACCCCACACCUGAUUUUAUAGGGUGGUCAAAACCCCACACCUUCAAUUUUAUAGAGUGAACAUGACCCCACAUGUUUUAUUACUAACAUGUAUAUUACUAAUAUUUAUAUAAUCGCCUCUGUGGCCAAGGGGCUAGAGUCAAUUACUUAAUCCAGUUACCUCUCAGGCGUGGGUUUGAUCCCCGUGAGAUGUUUUCAUAGGUUAGCAGGGAGGAGGUAGUCUAGUACUGAUGUAACUCGCCAGGAAUGAUAGUUAGGAAACUACCGGCCUAUAUGACUGAAAUACUGUUGGCAAAAGGCGUAAAAUGAAACAAACAAACAAAACUAAUAUGUUUAUACCUUUGGCUGACAAUAAAAUAACCAACGUUAUUGACAUUUUGAAUAAUUAAUGUUAAUUAAGAUUAAUGAAUGUUUACCCAUAACAGAUUGUAAUAUUUGAAUGCUUACCCUUUGCUUUUUAUUUAACAGUUUGUAAUAUUUGUACAGUCUUAUUAUCAUUUAACCAUAUAUUGUUCUUUCCUAACAAGAUCAAAAUGAUAUAAAUUGAAUGGUUUUAUAACAAAUGAUUACUAAUAAUCACUUCAUAUUCCUCUUUUGUUUUGUCUUUUUUUCAUAAUUUUUUUUUAUAAAUAUUUGGUGAAUUAGGAAGCUCUAAUAGAGUGAGCUUUUACAACACGUGUAUAUUGAUAAAGUAACUAGCUAGUGAUGAAAUAUUUAUUACACAAUCCUAUAUCACUUAUAAUUACUCAUUGCUUGGAUGUCAAAAGGAAAAGUUCAAUUGUACAGAAACAAAAAUAAAAAAAUUCUUUUUCUACACCAUUUAAGUGUUGUCUUAAUGCGGUGGCAUAGCAUUUUUCACAAAUGCAAUCUUGUUUUUAUCA